AUGGCCAAGGUGCGUACAUUGCAAGAUACCAAGAGCGUGGAGUCCAAAAAAAUACAAGGGCAGGGGUAUAGGCUUGGUAGUACCCGCGAACAAGAACUCGAGGAGGCAUUACGUGAUAGUAUCAAGUCCAAUUCCGAAAUUACUAGUGAAUAUAAAAAUAUGCAAGUGGUAUAUUCGAAUCAUAGCAAAAAUACCAAUAAGGAGAAUGAUCAAUUACGUCGCAAUAAUGAGAAACUCUCCAAGCAUGUAUAUCAGCUUAUAGAUGAGGUUAAGCGACUGCGCCCAAAGAUAGAUACUCUCAAAUCCCGUAUCACUGAUAAAGAUCUUUCUCUUGCCGAAUCCAAGGCUGAGAAUGUUACAAAAUCCAAGAAAAUUAGAUCGCUCGAAUCUAUGAUCAAGAUAUUGGAAGGUAAGUUGUCUUCAGCCCAGAAGGAUGCGUUUUCAAUUCAGAAUAACUCAACUAAAAAAGAAUCCGAGAUAUUAUCCCUCAAGUCUAAAAUAGCUGAAGUAGAACAUGAGCUAGCUUCAAAAGUCAGUGAACUUGAGUGUCUGAAAUCGGAGGCUAUAUCAGCAGAGCUGGCACGGCCAAAACCUGUCGUUGGUGGAGAUGUCGAAAAAAAUAUAAUCAAGGGGCACAGAGUGCACUGCUCCGCAGAUAGUGAUCUAAGUAAAUAUUUUAUACGCGGAAAAAAUACGCUGUGCGAGGAACAGACACGAAGUGACAUUUCUCCCGAAAUAAGUUCCAUAUCGAAUUCUGAUAGGUUCGAAAAACCAUUGCUUCGCAAGCCCGAAGGGAGUGGUACCACAGCGAUGGAUCGAAAAUCCGAGACUCUGUCUCCCCUAAAGGCAACCGUGGUAUUGGUUCUUCUUGCCGGAAGCAGUCACACGGUGGCUAGAUUCGAUCCGCGAUAUUGGUUCUUUACAUUUCGUUCUAAUCAAGAAAAAUAA